GUUUUGGUAGGUGGAGGAUGCAAUGCUGAUGUUUGAUAAAACCACCAACAGGCACAGAGGGUUUGGCUUUGUCACUUUCGAGAAUGAAGAUGUUGUGGAGAAAGUCUGUGAGAUUCAUUUCCAUGAAAUCAAUAAUAAAAUGGUAGAAUGUAAGAAAGCUCAGCCGAAAGAAGUCAUGUUCCCACCUGGGACCAGAGGCCGGGCCCGGGGGCUGCCUUACACCAUGGACGCAUUCAUGCUAGGCAUGGGAAUGCUGGGCUACCCCAACUUUGUGGCAACCUAUGGCCGAGGCUACCCCGGAUUUGCUCCUAGCUAUGGCUACCAGUUCCCAGGCUUUCCAGCAGCAGCUUACGGACCAGUGGCAGCAGCAGCGGUGGCAGCAGCACGAGGAUCAGGAUCUGCACACCUCCUCUCAAACACUCUUCUGAGCACGCUCAGCGGGAAGGCUCCAACCCGGCGCGGCCCGGAGGCUUCCCGGGGGCCAACAGCCCAGGACCUGUCGCCGAUCUCUACGGCCCUGCCAGCCAGGACUCCGGAGUGGGGAAUUACAUAAGUGCGGCCAGCCCACAGCCAGGCUCGGGCUUUGGCCACGGCAUUGCUGGACCUUUGAUUGCAACGGCCUUUACAAACGGAUACCACUGAGCAGGUGCUUCUGUUGCCAUCUCACUCUGAGGUAUUACCGUCUCUGCCAUGCGUCUCCGCCCUGCUGGCGUGUCCGUACACGUAUGUGCCCUGCUCAUACAUGUACGCGCAUGCCCUGUCUCAUUGCAUCACAUCUCUCUCCUCUUUCUGGACCCCUUUCCAGGGAGGUGGGGGCGAGAAAAAAAAUCUGGUCUUUUAAUCUUUUGUCCCUUCCUCCAGCUUUUAAUCAUGACCCCUGCCUUUUCUUUUUCACAUUCUUUCCCUUUUUUUUUGGUUCUUUUGAUUCCAUUUCUAUAUCUUCCCACCCUCAUCUUUCUCUGUCUUGAAAUAUAAUCAAGAGUGUGGGAAACUGGAAGGUGAUCUUGCACUGUGCCCGUCCCAGGGGGAUGGAGGCAGAGAAAAUGCACUUCUGCGAGGUCUGGGGCAGGGGACAAGGGGCCAGGGCUACUCCUGAAGGUCUUCCCAGCUGACCUUGUGGAUUGCUGGGCCCUUUAGACUCACUGGGACUCAACCAAUGGGGUUCAUGCAGUCAAACAGCCAGAAUCCAUCUUUUAGUGAAAAGAAAACAUUUUUUCCUAGUAACUACGGAGUAAUUAUCCAGAUUACCGCACGAAAAGCAAAUUAAAUUAACGACAUCACCUGCCUAACGUGGAUUUGGAUCCCUGCCAGUUUCCUAACCUUUUAAACUGAGCUCAAGUUAAUUAAACAUUUUUAAAUCACUUUGAUGGGGAUACGGAGGUGGUGGAACGGAGGAGCGGGAGGCUGGGGCAGGCAGUGAGCAAGCUCUCGCCACAUUCUCCAAAAAUGAACAUUUGUCAUUCUUGCAGAGAGCACCAGGAGGAGGGGAGUUGUCCUCGUGAAAUCACUAGCUGUGCUCUGUGUUAGCCUGUGAGCUAGGGGGUAGAAAGGUAGAUCUGUUUCUUUGGAAGAGGGAAGGUGACAGCUGAGUGAGUCCUGGGAAUGAGUUCCACUUGGAAAAGUCCACCAGUUCUUGGAGCUGGGACAUAGUAGAAACCGGUUCUGGGACUGCAGUUCAUGGGCUGCCUCUCUCGUAGAGGGGGAUUACUCCCAAUCCCGAGCCAGCCAAGACUCCAGAGCACAGAACCAGCUGGGGAACCAGGCUGAGUUGAGUUCCAUAAAUCUGUCAGAUUUCUCCCAUGUUGCUGCAAAGGAAGCACCUCAACUAACGCAACUGCCUCUCUUAACCAAAUAAGCCAUGUGUGUGGAUUUCCCCACCUCUCGCCUCCACUGCCCUUCCAGCACUGACCCAGCCAUCGCUGGCCGGAGCCAGAGGCCACUAACAGUUUGAAAGAGAGCUACUUGCUACUAAUUAAGCUGGGUUUGGGGGCCCAGGAGCAGUAGAGUUCCCUGUGAGACCAGGAAGGACUGAUGGAUCCAAGAACUCAGGAGGCUAAAGACAAGUGCCAGCCCUUGUGGAGUUAGACGAAGAGGGGACCAAACACUGUCCAACACAGCAGGUCCUUGGUAGGCCAGUCACUGGGGCUGCCAAUGCCUCCUUCCCUGGGAAAAGGAGCACGGGGCUUCUUGCACACAUCAUGAUGUCCUCCAAGACGGCUGCUGCUCCAGCCCAUCUCCCUCAUCAACUCCCAACUCUCAGUUUCCAGAGAGGGACAGAAAGAGGGAGGCAGCAGCCCACCCCUUGGAAUGAGGCAGUAGAGUUACAAGAUUGCACCACAGUACCUAAGGACCAGUCACUUUGUCCCCAGCAGAGGUGACCCUCUGAUAUCCACAAAAGAAGAGCCCAGGUCUAUGGUCAAUUCGGGGAGACUCAACUAGGAAGUCUGUGAAUCCUGGGCCUGUUUUGGUUUUCUCCAAGCAAAGCUGGUUAUUUGUUGUGUACUUUUUUUUCAGUGUCCUGACCUCAGUCCCUUGGUGUAUAAUGUGAUUGUUAGUACAAAUUUGCAUUUUCAGUGUUCAGUCAUUGAUGGGUAUCUUCUAAAGGCAGAAGUUUUAAGUUUAAAGAGAAAAAGCAUCUCCAGUCAAUAUGCAGUUCAGCUAUGUAGCCAGCAACCCAGAAUGACCACACCUGCUGACCACACUUCCACCAUUACCUCAAGAAUUCUCUAUACCCAAGGAAUUGGUGGUGUGGCUCAAGUGGUAUAGCGCCUGACUAGCAAGAGUAAGACCCUGAGUUCAAUCCCCAAAUUGCCAAAAGAAAAAAAAGGAAGGAAAAAAGAAAUCUCCAGUUCUUUCCUUUUCCUAGCAUCAGGUUGUGGCUUAGACAUCAGAUUUCCCAAGCUGUGAUCUCAGAAAUCUAGCCACCCCAGCCAUUUUCACACACACUCAGUCACACAACCCAGUCCUUCAAAACUCUAGUGGAAACCUUGGAAUAAAUCCUACUUGCCUGACACUUCUUUCUCUUCCCACCCCCACUUUAUGUUCUCUUCGGGACACUCCUGGCCUUCCUGCCCUACAGAGCAUACCUGGAUGUCCAGGCAAGACUGGGCGAAGUUUCUGAGUGGCCCUUUGUUUAGGUGAUGUCCUCAGACCUGGACCCCCACCAGCCUCACUCCUCAUCCUACCCAGAGAUGGCUCACUUCGGAUUGAGGGCUGACUGUGUCUCAUCAUCUCAUCUGCUGUAAUAUAAGACAACAGCUUUUAAAUGUGUAUAUAACCCAUGAUUUUGGUUUGGUUUGGUUUGGUUUUUUUCCUUGGUGGUCUCCCUUCCCCUUCUCUCUUCCCCUUCUCCUUUGAAAUCUCUUUGAAUCACAUUUGGUGGUGAUUUUCACUUAGCUCAGUAGUCACCUAGCUUUAAUAUCUAGUUAAAAGCUAACCAUAGUAUAAUUGUUAUAUU